GUAGGCUUUUCUUCGUCACUUGGCUUUCGGCUUCCAUUCCCCUCGAUGACUCCCGUGCCUUGAUCCGAGCCCUUGGACAAAUCUUAACGACUGCUCGGAUGCGGGACCACAAUGGCUUCAUUUGAAUGCGAUGGAUACUUUUCUCACCGUCCGAAAGAGAAAAUGCGAACCGACAGCAAUAAUGAGAACUCGGUGCCGAAGGACUUUGAAAACAUCGAUAACAGUAACUUUGCCCCCAGGACUCAGAGGCAAAAGCAUCAGCCGGAGCUGGGGAAGAAGCCACUGAGCAAACAGAAGGAGCACCUGAGGAAGAAGCUAGAGCAAGAGGAAAAGACGAAGGGGAAUGCACUCCUGGGGAAGAAUUCUAAUGAGGUGCCGGGAAGCAGAGAUCGCGCCCCCAAGAACGGCAGCCGCGGCAGCAGCCCGAAAGACAUCCCCAGGCCCCCCAAACAGCAGCAGGUGAAAAAAGGAGGUGGCGCCUCCCCCGAGAUCAAGUAUGAGCAGCCCCCGAAGUGUGAUAUCUCAGGGAAGGAGGCCAUCUCGGCUCUGUCCCGCUCCAAAUCCAAGCAGUGUCGCCAGGAGAUCGCCGAGACGUACUGCCAGCACAAGUACGGGAAGCUGAUGCCGCUGGAGAAGGUGACGCGGUUCUGUCCCCUUGAAGGAAAGGCCAGCAACAACGUGCAGUGGGAUGAGGACUCGGUGGAAUAUUUGACCACCAACCCCGUCCGGAUCGCAUUUGUCUUGGUGGUCCACGGCCGGGCCUCCCGACAGCUCCAGCGCAUGUUUAAGGCGAUUUAUCACAAAGACCAUUUUUACUAUAUCCACGUUGACAAGCGAUCCAAUUAUUUAUACCGGCAAGUCCUGCAGUUUGCUGGCCAGUACCCAAACGUACGGGUCACCUCAUGGCGCAUGGCCACCAUCUGGGGAGGAGCCAGCCUCCUGACCACCUACCUCCAGAGCAUGAGAGAUUUAAUGGAGAUGACUGACUGGCCUUGGGAUUUCUUCAUCAACCUCAGCGCCGCCGACUACCCGAUCAGGACAAAUGACCAGUUGGUAGCUUUUCUCUCCCGAUACCGAGAGAUGAACUUCCUGAAAUCACACGGCCGAGACAAUGCAAGGUUUAUCCGAAAACAAGGCCUGGACAGGCUGUUCCUUGAGUGUGACACCCACAUGUGGCGACUGGGAGACCGAAAGAUUCCAGAGGGCAUCACAGUGGAUGGAGGCUCUGAUUGGUUUCUGCUCAACAGGAAAUUUGUGGAGUACGUGACCUUCUCCAACGAUGAUCUGGUCACCAAAAUGAAGCAGUUUUACUCCUAUACUCUGCUUCCUGCUGAGUCUUUCUUCCACACCGUCCUGGAGAACAGCCCCCACUGCGGGAGCAUGGUGGACAACAACCUGCGCAUCACCAACUGGAACCGGAAGCUGGGCUGCAAGUGCCAGUACAAGCACAUCGUGGACUGGUGCGGCUGCUCCCCCAACGAUUUCAAGCCCGCGGACUUCCACCGCUUCCAGCAGACCGCCCGCCCGACGUUCUUCGCGCGGAAAUUUGAAGCGGUGGUGAAUCAAGAAGUAAUCGGCCAGCUGGACUACUACCUGUACGGCAACUACCCGUCGGGCACCCCCGGGCUCAGGGCGUACUGGGAGAACGCGUACGACGAGCCCGACGGGAUCCACAGCGCCAGCGAUGUCACGCUGACCAUGUACCACUCCUUCGCCCGCCUGGGUCUGCGGCGAGCUGAGACCUCGUUGCACACAGAAGGGGACAACCGCUGCCGGUACUACCCCAUGGGCCACCCGGUCUCGGUCCAGCUCUACUUCCUAGCCGACCGUUUCCAGGGCUUUCUCGUCAAACACCACGCAACAAACCUGGCAGUGAGCAAGCUGGAGACCCUGGAGACUUGGGUCAUGCCAAAGAAGGGCUUUAAGAUUGCAAGCCCCCCCAGUGACUUUGGGAGACUGCAGUUUUCCGAGAUCGGUACAGAGUGGGACGCCAAGGAGAGGAUAUUCCGCAACUUUGGGGGACUCCUCGGCCCAAUGGACGAGCCCGUGGGGAUGCAGAAGUGGGGAAAAGGGCCCAACGUUACGGUGACCGUGAUCUGGGUGGAUCCGGUCAACAUCAUCGCAGCCACCUAUGACAUCCUGAUCGAGUCCAGCGCAGAGUUCACUCAUUACAAACCGCCUUUGAACUUGCCUCUCCGGCCUGGACUCUGGACCGUCAAAAUUCUGCAUCACUGGGUGCCGGUUGCGGAAACCAAAUUUCUCGUCACACCUUUGACCUUCUCUAACAGGCAACCCAUCAAGCCAGAGGAAUCCCUGAAGCUGCAUAGCGGGCCACCCAGGAACGCCUACAUGGAGCAGAGUUUCCAGGGCCUGAAUCCCGUUUUGAACAUCCCCGUCAACCCAGCCCAGGUGGAGCAGGCCCGAAGGAACGCCGCCUCCACGGGCCUCAAGCUGGAAGGCUGGGUGGACUCUCUGGUCAGCGGGGUCUGGACCGCGGUGGACAUCUGCGCCGCUGGCCCCACCUCCUGCCCAGUCAUGCAGGCCUGCAGUCAGACGGCGUGGAGUUCCCUCAGCCCGGACCCCAAGUCCGAGCUCGGGCCCGUCAAACCCGACGGUCGUUUGAGGUAGCAUCAGCAACUCCUGGCCACCAUGUAAGUUUUAAAAGGGAAUUUCCUCUUGAAGCAGGGGCGUCUUCCCCUCGGGGGAGAGAGGUUCUGAGGCUCCUUUCCUCACACCUGAAAUCAGAUUGGUAAAGGAAUACGUAAGAAACACAGGCAAAGACUGGCAUUGCUUUGUCUUCAGCGGGAGUUUGAGUUGCCCUGUGCGGCCUCCACCCUCUUUCCCUUCCUCAGAUUGCUCUCCAAGAGCAGGUCAGACGUCUCUCCGUCUCCUCAGAUGGUGAAAUGGGGCACUCAGCUCGUCUCAGGUCUGACUUCCUGGCAGGCCGGCUGAAGAGGUGCCCUUCCCCCUCUUUCUCCCAUUACUUCAGAAAGGUGAAUUGUCUCCUUCUCUAAGUGACUUGGUGUGAUUCUUGGUAAAAUACUAUAAUUGGAUUUUUAAAAGAUGACUUUGUUGGUCUGGAAUUUACUCAACAUGCAUUUCAGAAUCUCCUCUGAGAAAUCAUCUAGGGAUGUGGCAAAUUUGCAGUGUGUUUCCGAGGCGAAACCGUGCGCUUUUCCGCCCUGCUGUCGGUGUUUCCAUCGAAUGAAAAAUUUGGUCACUUAUCGAGGGAGACGCUCUGAUCCUCUCUGCUCUGGUGGGCCUUUGAGGAGGCGACCAUCGAGGAUGGGGGAUGUUGGAGGAUUCCCCCAUUGUACCUGGAGGCCUGGGGAGCUAGGGGGGUCAGUGAAAGUGCAGUGCUCAAUAAGAGCUCAGGCACUGAUUGAUCCAUUGAAAGGAACCAAGUCCCUUGAAUGAACCUGGAGCAAGAGCAAUGCCAGACACCUGCCAGGGUUAUUAGGGACCACCAAAUCCCAGAACCAGGGAUGUUUUAAACUCUGCAAACAGCACAGUCAGCACUGAUGUGCACAUGUGGACCAGAUAUUCCAACCCGCAGUCUAUUGGAAACAUUUCCAAUCUUUUUUUUUUUUUUUUGAAAUAAGUCUAUUUUCAUACAUGAUAAGAUCAACCAGAAUGUUUUAGAGCAGCAGGAGGUUGAGGCUUUGGGUGGUUUUUGAUCUUUAGAGCUCAAAUCACCGGAAACCUUAAAGGGGCCUGAAGGAUUCCGCUGUAAUCAGUCCCACCCAGUUCACUCAGCGAGGGACCUGUCCAUUCUACAGUGGACCUGUCGGGCUCUCUUCAGGUUGAGGGGUGGGAGACUUUGCCCUGAAAGGCCUCUUCCUCCCCUCGAAAUGAGUGUCAUUCCAACAAGAUUCAAUUCCCUUUUAAAACUUGCACACCUGGUUGCAAAGUGACCCUAACUCAGACAUCCCAAUUUUUGGUCUGUUUCUCUCUCUCUACAGUGUUGGUUUAAAGCUACUGCGAUUUGCUUUGGACUUGAACUAGCAAUGUCAGCUGUGCUGGCAUCAUGGCAGAGCAUUAAAUGUUGUAUGAAAGAAAGGAGGCAUAGAAGGAACACUUUAGAUAUUUAUUAUUUAUAAGUUUUAGUCAAUGACUAAUUAGUAGGUGCUGUUUUUUGCAGCUUGAUGGUUAUGUUAUCUUACUAACAAAAGCUGCCUUUAUUCAGAAAAGGCUCCCCGCUCCCUGCCCUGCCCCCAACUUCGUUUCGUUCUACAUUCUCGAUUUGUGACUGUCAUUAGCACAGUAGCAUUAGAAACUUGAAGUGACUAUGUUCACACCAAUGUUGCCAACAGGUUUAUGUCUUUCAAACCUUCGUUUUUCCUCACAGCUGGCACUUUUUGAAAACAAAUCAUCGCUUAUACGACGCGUUCCUCCCUCAACCUCAAAAGACAGGGGAGGACUCCCCCAACUCCACCCCCUCCAUGUUCUGGGGGAUUAAGACCUUCUGCUGCACUAAUGCCGGACAGAAAAAAAAAUCCCUUACUAUCUCACUGAGCUAACAGUCUCUGAGGGUCCACAAAAGAAAGUCAGAAAAAUCCACUCUUUGCUGUCUUAAAGCCAUUAGGUCAGUCUCACCCCUAGAGUCUGGAUAUGAAGGGAACUUACUAAGAGAAGCGUAUCUUCUUCUGUGUGCCAUCCUAAGUGUUAGGCUCUUUAAAGAGAGAUGAAUAGUCAAUACCCCAGAGAGACUGGCAACAAAACAGGCAAUUUCAGAUCAUUUUGAUUGUUUCUGGUUCAGUGGUCAGAAAUCAUGUUCCUUAGAUACCUUAAGUUUCGAUAGCAAAAUUAAUUGGAUGGGAGGUACAGCUAUAACCCCGUACAUAAACUCUAACCUUAGCCUCCAGGCAUAAGUCCUGUUAGCAAUCAAAUCACAAUGGGGAUACAUUUAACUUUCGGAAAGUGAAAACAAAAUAAGGAAGCUUUCUUUUUUUUUUUGGAAACACCUGAGUGAGUCAACUGGGUUUCGCUAUUUUCAAUAGCGUUAUUUUCGGUGUCUUUGACGCUGGGUAAAUAUGAGCUGAUGAUGGUCAGAAGCAGUCUUGCACACAAAGACGUUGAACCUGCGUUUCUCAUUGUUAUUUCUAGUUUUUUUCCAUUCUAUAAUACCAACCUUCAAAAGAGUGUGUCCCAAACAAUCCAGGUACAAUUUACUCCAAGGUUUGCUCCUGGAAACAAAACCCAGAAAACCAGGUCCUCUGAGGAGUGUUACCCAGGAUCUUUUACACUGGGGAACAGAGAAUGACCUGGCAAAUGUUCUGUUCUAUGGAAAAGACCAUUUCAAAAUCUACACCGAGUUGAGGUGAAACCAAAAGUUGCUUUGAUUUUCUAAAUGACAGGGUCAAAAAUGAUUUACAGAGCAAACCAGCAGCUGCUAAUUUCAUCACUUCUGAUGCAAGCUAGCUGAAAGAGCCAGCAAUGGCCAUGAGCUUUCUCUUGCUAUGGAGGAAAACAGCCUCUUGUAAGUGAAGUUGCUUGUGGUGGCUUGCUUUGAAAUCCCUAUUUCCCACCUGCUCUCUGCCUCCUAGGGUCAGUCCC